UAGCUUUGCUGCAUUAUCGUACUAUACAUAUGUGUAUAUAUGUGCAAAAACUUUUAUCAGAAAAUACUUCUUUGAUGGAAAUAUACCACCGUGUUGCACAUGUGGGACAAGUUAAGUCAGUUAAUAAACUGAUAAAUUGUCGACAAAUAUACGAGGAGUAUAAAGACGAAGAAUUUUCUCAAUUUCAGUUAUUUCUAUUCGAUUGCAUAGUUAUUUCUUCAUAGUUCACUUUUAUUCGACGGCGAUAGUUCACAGAAGAAUGUCUAAUACCGUAGAAAUAAAAUCGUGUCUUGAAACAAAGACUAUUACUGACGUUGUCAAUAGUAAUAAUAACAUUUACAAAUUGCUCUCGUUCGAAGAAGUGAAAGAAAUAACGAAACGCGUAUUGAACGACGACAUUACUAUGAUGGAAUAUGUCAUUCGAUCAUAUUCCGAUGACAAACUCGGAUAUCUUGGUUCUCAUUAUCGUCUCGACGUAACAACUUCGGCGAAAAAAGGAGAAAUUGUCGCUUUCUCGCUCUUUCUCAAGACUAUACCCUACGAAGUGCCCGAACAUACCGAGUACGUGUUAAAGAAGCGCGUCUUCGAGCACGAGUUCAAAUUUCACGGUACCAUAAUGCCGCUCCUCUGCGAGGGAUAUCACGGAAAGCCAUGGGCUCCAACAUGUUACAAGGUGACGGACAAUUUCAUGGUCUUCGAAGACUUGGGCCGCAAGGGUUAUUCGACACGAAAUAAACUCUUCGACGAGACGUUGGUGCGCGCGGGUUUAAGAUCUAUCGCGCGGCUGCAUGCUGCUUCUUUGUUGGCGGAGACUCGCCUCGAUGUACCCUUCAAUCAAUUGCAUCCUGACGCUUUCAUAGAGACAAACUUCGCUCGUAACGAGCACACGCGAGAGUGGUUGGAAAUAGGUUUCAACGUGAUCGUAUCCAUAGCCGAAAAUCAUAGAUACGAUCCUCAUUUGAUACGCGCAGCUUGCGAGUGGAUAUAUGACAUUACGAAGCCGUCAUGCGCGAAGACGAACGUAGUCAGUCACGGGGAUCUCUGGGGCAACAAUCUUAUGUUCAAUAAUGACAUGCCACCCAAUUGCUUGCUAGUAGAUUAUCAAACAGUGAGAUACUGUCCUCUAGCACAUGACGUUGCACAGUUUCUGUAUCUGUGUACGGAUCGAAAUUUCCGUAAAGCGCAGGAAAGCGCGAUGUUGCAGUACUAUUACGAAACGUUAUGUAAGAUCUUGGACGAGCAUGAGUCGCCUCGAAAACCCGCCUGGUCAGAAGUAGUCGAGGGCAUGGAGGAGCAACGUUUGGGCGCCGUUAUUACCGCGCUGAUCAUUUUGCCUCUGGUUCUGAUGAAAGACAAUAUUGGCACACAAAUCAUGGACGAUUCAGGGUCUUAUACCGAAUUCUAUUUUGGAGAUAGAAUGAAAUUUGUCUCAUCGUUCAUGAAGCAAGAUUCGGUCUACGAGAAAAGGAUCAACGAAACCGUCAUCGAAUUGGCCGAACUCGCUUCACGACUAGAUCAAUUACCAAAACCGUCUUAAAUUCAAAUAUGUAACAAACAUACAAUUGACUUUUACGCAUAUUUUAAAUCUUUUCAUUCCGUUGAAACAGUAUUUCAGCAGUAUUUUGCAGUAUUUCAAUUAGCAGAAGAAGACUCAUUUUUGAGGAUUGCUCAGUUUAUCUCAUCGUAACAUGGCUAUUUUUCCAUGAAUCAAUGGACAAUGUUAUUUUGAUUAUGAAGUACAGUAAAUAGGAAGCAAUCGUGACUGAUAAGCUGUAUGUUCAAUUACAUUCAAGUACGUAUCCUCAUCUUACGUAUCGUUAGUCGGUGUGACUGCGGGUUUCGUCGACCGCGAUACCCUCGUUAUGGCCUAAAUUUGAGAGAUCAUCUCGAGCUGAAUCAGCGCCACUGUCUCUGAAAAAUUACAAGAAGAUUAAUAUGAUACUGCGUACAAGCAUUCAAGUACAAUAACUUUAAUGUAAAUAAUUUGCAGUCGCGUUAAUCUUAUAUAUACCUAGAGUUUUCGGUGUUUUUUAAACGAUUUCUAGAGGAUUGUUGUCCUAUCAACGACAAGAUGAGUGAUGAGCGUAGCUCAUCGACGACAAAGUAUGAGCUGAUACGCUGAGCAACUGAAAAAAGAAAAAAGAGAAUAAUGAUAUUAAAUGUGCAAAAGUAGAAUUGAGAUCGAUUCGAUUCAGUAUUACCAGUUAAAGAAGAAACUUUAUAUACUGAUAAAAGUCGGUAAAACCGUUUGAGAAUAAAUGGUCAACUAAUUAGUUUUAAGGCUGACGUAACGAACGUCUCAGUGAUAAUUUUUGCAAUUCCCGUAAUUUUCUACUUCAGAUCUAGAUUAAUCCGUCUCUGUCGCAACCCACACGAAUAUUCUUCGUUACGUGUACAUUUUAGCGACAAACGAAUAUAUUACUGUAGUUAAGACACAAAGUGUGCAAGAGAAUGUGUGCGCUUAAAAAUGAUUAAAAAAUU